GCCACGGUAGAUAGUAAAUUCUGUUUCAUUUACCCUGUUUCCGUUACAUUCAGAACUAAAUAGAUUACAGAGAGAGAUCUCAAAUCUCGGUUGGUCACUCUAAACAAUCUUGCCACUGUCAAGCUGCUAUCUUCUCUGGUUUGAUCGAUUUCUUCGCAUUGGUUAAAGAAGGAGGUGCCUCAUCAGGCAUGCAAGCACUCUCUGCUUCUGUCAUUAGGAGGCUUGGUGGUGGAUCUUUUAUGUCGGUUGCUGGAAGCAGUAGAGAGAGUGGUCGGCUCCCGAGAGAAGUGAAGGGGAUUCUGCAGUCCUUGGCUUCCGGUUGGAAUGAUGUCGCCGAUUCAAAGGCGUUGCAGGUGAUCCCGCUGAAGGGGGCGAUGACCAAUGAGGUUUACGAGAUAAAGUGGCCAACCAGAGCUGGUGAACCCGCCCGAAAGGUUCUGGUUCGGGUUUAUGGUGAAGGCGUGGACACUUUCUUUGACCGGACUGACGAGAUUCGUACGUUUGAGUUCAUGUCGAAGAAUGGCCAGGGACCUCGGUUGCUGGGGCGGUUCCCGAAUGGGAGGAUCGAGGAGUUCAUUCAUGCUCGGACACUAUCAGCAUCUGACUUGCGAGAUCCAGAAAUAUCUGCUCUUAUAGCUUCUAAAUUGAGGGAAUUCCAUGAUAUUGAAAUGCCUGGUCCCAAAAAUGUAACUCUGUGGGAUAGGUUGAGAAAGUUUCUUAAUGCUGCCAAAAGUUUGAGUUCCCCUGAAGAAUCCAAAAGUUUCUGUUUGGAUAAGAUGGAAGAGGAAAUCUGUAUAUUGGAAAGGAGGUUGUCAGGGAAUUAUCAACGUAUAGGAUUUUGCCACAAUGAUUUGCAGUAUGGGAACAUAAUGAUGGACGAAGAAAGCAAAUCAAUUACCAUUAUUGACUACGAGUAUGCAAGUUACAAUCCUGUUGCUUAUGAUAUUGCAAACCACUUCUGUGAGAUGGUAGCUGACUAUCAUACAGAAACACCUCAUGUUUUGGACUUCAGCAAAUACCCUGGGUUGGAGGAGCGUCAAAGAUUUUUGCAUAUAUAUAUGAGUUCAGAUCUUUAUGCAGGUGAUCAACCUGGAGAUCUUGAAGUGGAACAACUGGUCCAAGAUGUUGAAAAAUAUACUCUUGCAAGUCAUCUAUUUUGGGGCCUAUGGGGAAUAAUUUCGGCACGUGUAAACGUAAUUGAUUUUGAUUACAUGGAAUAUUCAAGGCAGAGGUUUCAACAGUACUGGCUAACUAAAUAAUGUUGGUAAACUUCAUCUGGAGCUUGUCCCCUACUAUUGGUUUCAAUGAAUUGUAUAGUUUCUGUUUUUUGGAUAGAAAAUGAAUUGUAUAGUUAAUUAGCUAUUGGCUUUUAUUCCACCUCAGUUUCUGUUUUUUAGCUACGGUAUUUUUUCUAGUUCAAGAAAAUUGAUGAUACAUAAUAGUUGCA